AUGCAGGCUGCCGAGUAUGCGUCCAAGCGGGCCCAUGCCACUAUGCACCCUUCCACUGGUGUCGACCCUACCAAGAAUCACGACACCUACUGGAAGACCGCCCUCCUGACCGAGGAGCGCGACUGGGAGAAAGUCCCUCCUCCUGCGCGUGAUACCUUCACCUUGUCCGACAUCCUCGGCCAGACGGACCCUCAUCUCGCUGUCGUCUCCCGCACUGGCCUCAUCAGCAUGUCUCUGCAGUACUACCAACCGCCUGGCGAGACUGAGUGCCUCCAGCACUUCUUCUUCGAGCUCAAUGAGAACGUGCUCUUUGCCGAUGAGGACGGAAACCGUUGUGCCAUCCAUGGCUUCGCUAUGUGGAUGGCGCCCACCGCCGAUGGCAAGGCCGAACUCACUGUGCGAUUCUGCAUCAAGAGCGAGCCGUUCAUGGAUCCUCUUCUGAUAUUUGAGUUUGAACUUAAGAAUUCGAAGAAGGACCCAAAGGAAAACUUAAUCCUGAUCGACUUCAUCAAUGAGACUGGCGGUAAUUUGUACGGAUACCGCGACGCCCUCCUCCAGUGGAUGAUCCGCCUCAACAGCGCCGAGUUCCUCAGCUGGUUUUGCAUCACCAUGGACUUUGAGGAUGCCAACUUUGCUGGCGACGGCGAAUACAUGGGCGAGCUCAAAUUCGACACCAUCAUCUACAAAAAGUUCAAGUCCGACCCCAACGAGCUUGGUGACAACAUGAAGCGGAUCAUUGACGUGGAGAACAAGCCCAUCAAACGCGGCGUUUGGCUCGACGAGAGUUUCACCCGCCCUCUCGAAUACCGACUUGCGAAACUGCCGUACGAGGGACCUCCCGCCUUUGGCGAUGGCGUCAUCAAUGCUUCUAUCGACAAGUGGUUCGAAGGGAUUGAUGACUGGUUUGCUACGGGGGAGUUUGCUAAGGAGUGA